AUGAAGAAACCAAUAGUUGAAGCUAAUACCGAUGGUGUUUCUCAUCCAUAUGAGAACUGUCCAAGUUGUCGUGUGGUCAGCUCAGUUAUUCCUUUGACUCUGUCAGCAUACAUCAUGUAUGUAUGUAAAGAUCAGGUUUUCAAGUACGCCGGUGUACAAAAAGUGUCAUACUUGACCCUAUGUACUGGUAUGUCGAUCGGUUUGCUAUAUCUUGGUGUACGUCAGUUGUUUCGUCAUUGA